AUGUUGAUAUCGAUCUUCGAGGGUAUGAAUCUCACUGACUUGCCAGAAACCUCGCAGACAGGAAAACACUGGGAAGAAAUUCGAAGCAAGAGACAAAGACAGAAUGAACAGAAAAGUGACCAGCUCGCAGCCUCACCAGUCUAUCAUGUCAAGCAUGUGUUAGCAGCCAUGAACAUUGUCCUGGGAAGGUGA